UUAGGGUGAGUACAUUUUUUUUUUUUUUGUGGCAUAAUGUUGAUUACCACAAAAAAUUAUUAUGACUUCUUCCUCCUUUUCUUUAAAAAGCAAAAAAAACAAGGUUACAGUGAUUCACUUACAAAGGAAGUGAAUGGGGCCAGUUUUUGGAGGGUUUAAAGUAAAAAAAAUGAAUUUAUAAUUUUAAAAUUAUAAAAUGAAUUUAUAAUUUCAUGAAAGCACUUACAUGAACUCUUCUGUUAAACCUCAUGUAUUAUUUGGGCUGUACAUUUCUUUAAAUCAUCAUUUUUACAGUCAUUUUACGGUUUAUUGACAUUACAUCGUCAUGGCAACGAAGUUGUGAAAUUGGCUAUAACUAUACUCAGAAUUUUAUGUUAAGAAAAUGAUGUUUACAUGUAUAUUGUUUAUGACUUGUAGCUAUGAUUUUGAAACAGUGAGUAUUAAAAAAUUGCCCCCCCCAUGCACUUUCACUUUUGCAUUUUUAAAGGAAAGGAGGGAUGAGUCAAAAAUUAUUUUCGUGGAUUAUUAUUGAACCCGGAAUAUUCCUUUAAUGGUCUAUUUUUUGCAUUUGUGUGCUACUAUGUAUUCAAUCACAGCAAUGAAAACGUGUUUCCCAAAGGGCCUCGCUAAGGGGUUUCAGAAGGUGUGUCCUGUGUUCUUGCAAAUUUGUUAGACAUUACAUUGUCUCUGGUAUAGGUAAGUGUUGCACUGCUAUGGUGCCUCAUAAAUUACAUUUCACACAAUUUCUCUGUCUUUUCUGAGCAUAAAUAAAGAUGCCAAGCUCACCUCAGCUCCCAGAGCCCCCUCCCUAGUGAAUUUCAAUCAUUCUUAACCACACCCACUCAUGUUUCUGUCCAACAGCUGCCAUCUGGCUGUCUCUACGGCAACUGACUAGACCACCUUCAACACCUGCACCUGAGGGAAAGAGAGAAAGAUCAGCGACUCUCAGGUAAAGAAUGGGCUAUGAUCUGGAACGCUUUGUGGGUUAUGUUAAUGAGGGUCUGCUGUGCUGCGUUUGUCGGGAUGUGUUGGAGGAUCCUUUGCAGGCUCCAUGUGAGCAUGCCUUUUGCAGCUCCUGCAUUCAUGGAUGGCUCAUCCACCAUAAUAAUUGUCCAGAGGACCGCUUACCUUUAGACAUCACACAUCUACGCCCAUUAUUCAGAUACAUGAGGAAUGAUUUAGCAAGGCUGCAGAUGAGGUGCUUGUUUCGGCCACAAGGUUGUGAGGUUAUAUGUGCUCUGGAGUCUAUUCAUAGGCAUGAGCAACAGUGCGACUAUGCUCUACUGAAUUGCAGUAAUGCAGGCUGCCCUCUUCAGGUGUCACGACGCUCUCUGGAAGCUCACCUGUGUGUCUGUGAGUACAGCAGUAGGGUUUGUGCAAGUGGCUGUGGAUACACAAUACUAAACACAGAGGAAGCCCGACAUAACUGUGUAUCUGAGCUCCGAGCCGAGUUGGACAUGCUCAGGGCAGAGUUAGACUGUAAGGUUGAAGAGGUGAGGCAUGAAAUGGAAUCUCGCUUGGAUUCCCAACGACGACAUAUGGUGCAGAAGGAGAGUUUGCUGAGGAGUGAGGUGGAUGAACUUAAGGGCCAGCUGUCCCGUGUGAUGUCAGAUGUCCGUGUUCUCCUGGGUGCAGAGAGGGGACGCAGACAAGAGUUGGAGAGGCUGGAGCUUGAGAAGGCAGAGCUUCUUGAACUGUUAAAGGAGGGGCUUAGACCAGCCACUCCCUCUGCACCAGCAACGACACCUGCUGAGGGGCCAAAAAAGUCAAGCCCCCGCAGCCUGGCUUUGGAUUGCAUCAAGAGGAAGAAUAGAGAGUUGACUGUUAUUUGAGGACACUGCUUUUUAUGAGAAUCAGGGAGAAAAAUAAGGAAGAAAGAACAUGCUAAUAAACAACACUACCUUUAAUAUUCACAUCUCCUCACUAUUAAAGGUGCAAACAUAAUUGUUUCAUCAUUGAAAAAAGACUUACCCUAAAGAAAUGAAGAGAACUUUUACUUUUGACAAAAAUAUGUUUAAUAAUAUAUGUUGACAUGAGGACUCCAGUCCAGUCAUUGCAGUAGGCUUGCAAAAUCAGUUUUAUUUGACGUGGGCCAUCCAGUUGAGAUCCCGUUUCAAGCUGAAUACUGCUCACUUGAUCUCACUUUUUAUACCCCUGUUAUUGGACAAUUUUGCUCAUGGAAUAAAUUAAUCAUGGCUGACUGAGGAUAUUGCGUUUCUGCAAUAGCAUUGGUAACUCUUGCUUGAUGCUGCAUCCAUGCUGCAAGGCUUCCAUGCAAUCCAAGAAGUCUGUCAUAUCAGCCAGCACAAAAUAAGCAAAAAAUUGUUGAAAGCAUCUUUAAGAAACCCUAUUGUUGUAACAAGUCCAAUGAGGAGGAGUAGGUGCAUACUGGACGAACCAAAUUGUGUAGGAAAAGAGUUUGACAUUUGUUACAUUUGAACAAUCCACAGUUAGUAUAUUAAUAUAAUUUUGUUUUAGAUUUUGAGAGACAUGUCAAAAUUUGCAAGAACAAAACAGAGGCAUUUUACAGUGUCCAUUCUCUAUAAGGUUGAUAUUAAAAUAGUUUUCUCAAAACACAAGUUACACGUUUUUUUUUAUUAUUAUAAAAAAUACACUCAAACAUAAACUCACAAGAAUUUAAUCAUAUUUUAAGUUUUUUAAAAAAAAAUGAAAGAAAAA